AUGAGGUCUGCGGUGCCUAGCGUCACGUCUGCCUAUUCAGGCGGGAAAAUCGCGGAUGGCUUAUCACGUGGAGGCGCGAAGGGCCAAUCGUACAGCGCCAGGGUGCAUGGACGUGAUGGUGGCCGAGAUAGCAUUGUGCGCCCGCUGGCGGCGAUCGCGGCGAAGAUCUGGGCGGGCUGUCGCUUGAAUGUCGCCCCGGCCCGUAUCUCUCGCCGCAUCGCACGCAAAUUA